AUGAGUAAUGUCAUAAUAAAAAAUAUUUUUUUUAUUUUCUUAAUAAUUUUUUGUUCUUCUCAAGUGUUUGUAAAGAUCCACCCCAUAAAUGUCUUCCUUUCUUCCUCAUUUUUUUGCCUCUCCAACCUUUCCCACAAUUCUCUUCUUCCUUUGGUUUUUAAGUAAAAAGAAAGUGAAAUAAUAGGUAGUUUUUUACUGAAUUUACAACUAUUAAAUUUUUAUUUAUUUUUUUUACCGGAAAACGAGAGAAAGAUUUCCGAAUAUAUUCUUCUUCCCUUUUCGUUUGGGAUUUUUCCUCUAUAUCCUCUCUGAUCUGAAAGACGGAUCUCUACUUUUUAACCAAAUUGACUCUUUUGCCUUAUAUGUAGGGGGCAUUUGCCCUAUUUUUGCGCACAAUGAUGCACCACACCACCCAAUUUACAC